AGCAAGGAACGUUGUGCAAGAAGCGGAAGUAAUACGUCUCUCAAUGUAUUACAUUUGGAAACAGAAGGAUUCAUAAAUUUAUUAAAAACAUUUAAUUACAUUUCCAUGAACAUAUUCACAGCUUAAUUUGACCCGACACACUUUCAUAUAAUAAUUAAUUACUUGUUUAAACUUGGUGGUACCCUUCUACAAUGGUAUCUUCCUGUUGCUGUAGAGUCAACUAGCGGUGACAGCUGUAAUAGCCCAGAGCUAGCUACAAGCUAACUAGCUAGAAAGCAAGUUCGAGCGAUUUUUCGAAAGGAAUAUUUACCGUGUAAAGACUUUGUAACAAAACGUAACAUUCAAAAACACAUGUUCAAGUUCUAUAUGCCAAUUGGAGCAUAAUGUCAACACCAGCAAGACGUCGUUUAAUGAGAGACUUUAAACGGCUUCAAGAGGAUCCUCCAGCUGGGGUCAGUGGAGCCCCGUCAGAAAACAAUAUUAUGGUUUGGAAUGCUGUUAUUUUUGGGCCAGAGGGAACACCUUUUGAAGAUGGCACUUUCAAACUUACAGUAGAAUUUACAGAAGAAUAUCCCAACAAGCCUCCAACAGUGCGAUUUGUCUCCAAAAUGUUUCAUCCAAAUGUCUAUGCAGAUGGUAGUAUAUGCUUGGACAUUCUUCAGAACCGCUGGAGUCCUACGUACGAUGUUUCUUCAAUCUUAACUUCAAUACAGUCUUUAUUGGAUGAGCCUAAUCCAAACAGCCCAGCCAACAGCCAGGCUGCUCAGCUAUAUCAAGAAAAUAAGCGGGAAUAUGAGAAGAGAGUUUCUGCCAUCGUCGAACAGAGUUGGCAUGAUUGUUGACCUCCCCACUGUUCUGUGUAUGAACAAUAUCAAGCCUCAAAUCAGAAGAAACAACUGAAACAUCUUACAAAUAAGAAACUCAUCAUGCUUUGUAUUCUUCUCCAAUAUGAUUGUCUGUUCUAUAGCCGUUGCUGAAUUUGUCUGCCUGUUGUGUUGUGGUUGCAGCUCAUACUAAUCUACUCAUCCUGGGGGGGAAAGUAGGCUACAUCUUUGUCAAAUGUACCUUGUUAUAUCUGGGUUACUUGCAAAUCAUGCCACAAGGAUAUAUAUUUUCCAUUUUACCUGAAAAUGUGAGUUGGUUGGAUGUGGUAUUGACAGAUGUAUUUUGAAUACAUACAGAUCCUUUUCUUAUGAGUACUUUUUGCUUUUUUAAUAAGAACAUUUUUAGUUCUUUUUAGCCAUUUUGAAGCUGUGGCGUGUGAGAACAUAAAGUUUACUCAUGGACCCCCUACCCAUCACUUGUGGCCUUUAGGGGGAACACUGCCCAGGGUUGUGAUGACAUUCAAUGUCUCUGCCUUUGUAAUCCAAUGUAUGGUUCUAUAUGUUGGUAUUUGAAGCCUCCAAAAGUUUGAGUUUAAAACACAGCCUAUUUAAAACUAUAUCCUAUAUUGGAAGAAAAAUUGCAAGUUUCUGAUGUCUAAAAUUCCCACUCAGAAAAGUAAGGCUUUCCACCUUCGUGUGUAACGCAUGUUGUUGUUGAUUAACAACUGUUAAUGUUAUUUCAGAUCAUAUGUUUUUCCGUUAAUCGCAAUCAUUAUUUCUACCCAACAUUCAGUCAACGGUAGCAGAAUGGGUGCCUUGGAGUGAAACUUGUUCUAAUGCAGUGGCCUCUUCAACUACAUUUAUGAAGGCAUGCCUGUUUUCUUAUAAAAUGCACUGGUAACCCAUGUAACAAACUGUACAUUUUCUUGUAAAUAAAAUAUACAUCAAAAGUAGCCUAGUUUAUUCAGGGAAAAAGUUGUGUACACGAUUUAAAAAGGGGAUGCAAGAAGAUUCCGCUCCACCACAGAAGUAUUUUAAUACACUACAUAAACACUGGUACAAUGAUAAACCCCUGAUAGAAGUCACAUCUUCAAGUUGAGCCAGUUAACGAUUAUCAGGCUUACUUUAUUCAGUUACUACAGCUGUGAAAACAAGCAGAGAAGUUAACCGUAUCCACAAAGACCAAUACAAGUGUCAUUUCACAUACUGUCAUAGAUCACAGCUUGCCCAGUUUCAAUGUCCAGGAGAUCUUUAAUAUCCAAGGAGCCCACUUGAAUUUGAAGGGUUAUACCACCCCCACCCCCC